AUCAAGCUAUAAACAGGAUGCAGGCCUUGUACCAUCAAACUUCCAGUAAUUCAAGAAUUCAAAUUCGAUUCGAGGAAAAUCUGCAGAACAAAUCGAAAGGAGCGUUAGAUGAAGCCGAUCCUAAUCCAUUAAUAGAUGAAGUCGAUCACGGCCGAUCAAUUUUAAGGAAAUACAAGAGCACCAAGAGAAAAUUCUGCUUUAAGAACAAUUGUCGCUCUUCACCUCAACCAUUUCUUCAAGAUAAUAUUAACAAUAUUCUCAGUGUAUCACAAAACGAUGUUAUUGUUGAAUAUAUUGAUGAAGCUGAUUUGGAAAAUUCAUCUCAUGGUAGAAUACCGUCUCCAACUCUCCAACAAAUUGAAGCUGAAAGCUACUGGAGAUUGAGAAAGAGUGAUGCUUCAGAUUUAAUCGAAGACGACCUCUCGUUCCCGUCUUUGGAUUCGUAUUCUAAAGACGACAUUUUGUCAAAUGCGUUUUCUAAGUUGAUUUGUUCUCGAUUAGAGAAAUCAUGGAAAUCAUUCUGUACUCGAAACAAUAUACCCUCAGAUCCCAGGGUGUGGUGUACUGAUGAUAUCCUGAGCUGGAUGGGUUGGGUUGGAGAACAGUUUAGAAUUAGGGUUCAACCUCUUCUCGAUAAAAUCAUUUCUUGUAAGAUGAAAGGAUGCGAGCUCUGUUCCCUGACCAAGGAUGAGUUUAUCUCCCGGCUUUUCAGCUUCGAGCAGUUUAAUGCCCCGAAACACUUUAUGGUCCCGGAACACUUUAUAGUCCCGGAACAAGUUACAGAUCUCGUCUGGGAGCAUCUUAAAGCUUUAAUUCAAGAUUCAAAUUCAGUUCAAAGAUGGCAGCAGUGUACAUUCCAACCUGCUGUACCCAGUUCUGGAGGGUACAGUACGGUACAUAGUAUUCCUAUGUUCAGUGCCGCAGGACCUAUCCAACUCUGGCAGUUUCUCCUGGAACUGUUAUCAGAUAAAUCAUGCCAGAGUAUUAUAAGAUGGACAGGACAAGGUUGGGAGUUCAAACUUGCAGAUCCAGAUGAGGUUGCUCGUAGAUGGGGAUUACGCAAGAAUAAGCCUAAGAUGAAUUAUGAGAAAUUAUCCCGAGGUCUCCGAUAUUAUUAUGAUAAAAAUAUUAUUCAUAAAACCUCCGGGAAAAGAUAUAUUUACAGAUUUGUUUGUGAUCUGCAGAGUAUACUGGGAUACGGUCCAGAGGAAUUCUUCAGAAUUACCGGCCAACUUCCAGCCGACGAUAGAUGAUUUAAUCCUUACUUUUUAUGCUUUUUACACCAUAUUUCCCUAGUCCCAAAACUGGAAUCCCUCGUAAGGACUCCUGAUUAAAAAAGGCAGAAUAUAAUCCCUCAAAGAGGAAGGAAAAGUCUAGUUCUAAGGCAGCGAGGUCCUUUCCAUGCAUAGUUCCUUAAAUAGGAAGGUGUCGAAAAACGGCCCCAUGGUACCUUAGGAACGCACUUUUCCUUCCUUACAUAGGAAAUGUUUCACAGCAGAGCAAAUGCGCCAUAAGAAAAGUAUAACUAGGUGGUUUGGGGCUCAACUAGCUACAGGGUGUCCAACGAAAAAUGACAGUUGGUAAAUAGUUUAGAAUGUCUUCUUCCAUAAUUUGUUAAGUUGU